UGUUGUUGUGUGAAUCUCUUUGUCGUCGGAGUGUGCGUCAGAGUGCGGUCGGGAUCGCAGCAAUUAAGCUGUAAGGUUAAAGAUAAAUCGACAUCUGUGACUAGUUCAACCUAAAACUUAUAAAAACUUGGAAUUUAGAUGAUCGUGUCAGGUUUCGCAGAUUAAACUUAAUUGUUGCUCUUUGGGAAUGCACUAUCGGACAUUAAGAGCAGUAAGUGUGGAACAGCACAAAUAAACGGCGCGGUGAAUGUCUGCUGGAGGAUCUGCGCCACUCUGGCGCAUUUUACCGUUUGUCUCCUUCCUGCUGGUCUCUUCAGAGCAGAAAAUCAUCACAGCUGACUCUGGACAGAACGUCACUCUGACAUGCCGAGCUCCAAACAGUGACAUAACCAUCACAGCUGUAGAGUGGGCUAGAACUGAUCUGAAGAGCGAAUAUGUUUUUUUUUACCGCAACAAGCGAUUUGAUCCAGCCAACCAGCAUCCAUCUUUUAAGAACCGGGUGGAUCUGUUGGACAGACAGAUGAAGGAUGGAGACGUGUCUCUGAUUCUGAACAAUGUGAGGACUGCUGAUAAUGGAACAUACGAGUGUCGAGUUGCACAGAGAAAAACAAAUGAAGAAAUACCAACUUUGAACCUCAUCAGCAGCAUAGACCUGAGUGUUGUUGAUCCUCCAGGAGGGGACACAGAAGAUGGAUCUGUUAGACUGAAAAUUGGUCUGUCAGUUUUUGCUGUGCUUUUAGGUUUUGCUGCUGUUAUUGCUGUUUAUUUUAAGUGGUCUGAAAUUAAAAAAAAAUAUGUUGAAAUUAAAAAUUCCUGGGACAACAAACACUAAAAUAAAAUGUAAAAAAGUUAUUUAACUGAAGUGCUAGAUAAACCUUAAAUGAAAAUAAAACCAAACCAAACACAAACUAACUCCUCCAUUUAAUAGACAAGAACAAACAUAGAAAAUAAAGACAGUUCCUCCCUUGUAUGUUAGUGCUAUUUACAAAAGCACAAAAUGAUUUACAAUACAAAACCGAAGUUGUUGUCAGAACACACACGCAGGAUUAAACACUACAAGUUUGUUGCUGUUAGCUGCUGCCAGAGGGAUAUGACUGUUGGAAACAGAGUUUAGAAGUGGCCAAUUGACAAUGGGGGGUAAUAAGCAGCUGUAAUGUUAAAACCAACCAACCAAGAAACAGAAACGGCAGACAGACGUUAACUGUAGAGAAUUUAACAUCCUGAAUUUGGCGUUCAUUAUCUUUUAGAAAUCAUUCUUCAGUUGAAGUUGUUGAAAAAGUGGAAAUAUUACAAUAAACUAGGCAACUACUAGUCCCAAAAGGUGUUUCUGAAAAAAUGAAACUGGCUUAACGUAUUCAGUUUCAUACCAGCUCAUGUCUGUCAAUUCUUAAGUGACCAAGCUAUAUUAGCAAGUGAAACAAAAGGAUUUAGGAUUUCUUUCCUAUUUUUUCUUUUGUCUUUUUGGGGGAUGGGGUACCAUUUCCUUUACCUGUAAUCCUAUAAUGGAAAUUUUACAAAUAUCCUCAUGUUAAUAUGGCUGGUUUACAAAAUAUGUAUUUCCUGAAAAUAAUCAUACCUGAGAAAGCUUUUCAUCUACACACAGAUCGAUAGAAGUGAGAGUGUCUUAGUGACAGCGCUAAAAAUAUUGUUUAAAUAUCCCUGAAAACACCAAGUUUGUCCCUGUCCUGCCUGUCUGCUCCUGGUAUCACGACACACCCAAGAAGCCAUAUUUAUGUUAUAUGUUAGUGAUGAAUUCACUUCUGAUAUAAUUUUACAACUGAACAUUAAGGGGUGAUCUUACCUUACAAUUACCAUAUUUAAGAUGUAACAGCACAGCAACAGUUAAAGAUGAUGUUUGUAUGUUGCUUAAAGAGGCUUCACUUCAGCUGAAGUAUGGAGCAAAUAAAGUUAGAUUCUUACAGGAACAGGCUGUUUUUAAGUAUUGUGGAAACAUAUCGAGAGAUGAUUUUCAUAUUGUUACGUUUGAUGUUAAUUCUGUUGUAAGAAUACAUGCCUCCAAGGCAAAUGUUUGGGUGUAUGGAUAAAUUAAAAGUUUCUCUUUAAUGUGCACAAUGAACAUCUUGUUCGGAACUUCAAAAUAAAGAUUGGUUUGUA